AUGGAAAUCACAAUUCAUAUAUAUGUACAUUUACUAAACUAAUGGGAUCUGAUAAAAAAACAGUUCUUAAAAAAAAAGAAUUCAAAGAAUUCAAUAAGAUUCCUUGGUUUUAGGCUGUUUAGGAAUAUCACAGUGUAACAAAAAUCAGCUACGCUAAAGCAAUUGACAUUUGUCAGUUGUCAAUGUUCGUUUUGAUUUACGUAAACGUAAAUAAACGACUAGCGAAAUAGGUCUGCUCAUUACUGGGAUCAUGGACUUGAUUUCGCUGGCUACCGGAAAAAAGUUCAAACAAAAUUAUGAAAGGUAUCACCAGCCAAAUGCAGCCUUGGAUAGCUUAAACUGGAAUCCUUCUGAGUCGUUAAAUACGUCUUCCAGUGAAGUUGAGAAAGAGCAAUGGUUUUUGAGUAUUAUGAGCACUGAAAAACAUAAGAAUGUGGAAGAUGAAGAAACAAGCUAUCUAGUGAAUUGGGACGGUCCUCAAGACCCACUUAAUCCAAAAAAUUGGUCUCAUACCAAAAAACUAUGGAUCAUUGUGCAAAUUUGCAUAGUUACUAUGUCUGUAACGUUUGCUUCCAGCGUCUUUUCAACUGGCGUUCCUGAAGUAGUGAAAACUUUUCAUGCAUCCACCCCGGUCGCAUCAUUGGGAACAUGUACAUAUUUGGUGGGCUUCUCGAUGGGGUCUUUGCCCUUUGCGCCUUUAAGUGGAAUUUAUGGACGGUUCAUAGUUUACUUUGUGACUCUUCUAAUUUUCACUGUGCUUCAAGUAGGUGGCGGUGUUGCCCAAAAUGUUUGGACAUUACCGAUACUUCGAUAUUUCCAAGGCUUUUUUGGUAGUACGCCUUUAGCCAAUUGCGGAGGAACGGCUAGCGACAUCUACAGUCCACUAGAAUAUACCUUUGCUGUUCCCAUCCUUUGCGCUUUCCCUUUCCUCGGGCCAGUCGUAGGUCCUAUUAUUGGAGAUUUCAUUUCACAAAGCUAUCUUGGAUGGAGGUGGACAUUUUGGAUAACUAUGAUAUUUUCAGGUGCCGUAGUUUUGCUUAUUACUUUUGCUCUUCCAGAAACACACGCCGAUACUAUUCUUUUUUACAAGGCUCGUUACCUUCGUCGAGUGACAGGAAAUCCGUUACGGUAUACGAAAAAUGAAAAGCAGCGUGAUCCCAAGUCUGCAAUCAUACGUGCGUUCACAAAUGCUGCUUCAUUAUUGAUAUCAGAACCAAUUGUGGUUUGUUUUACUCUUUAUGUAACUAUUCUCUUUGCUAUUGUUUAUAUCAAUUUCGAAAGUUAUCCAAUUGUGUAUUCUCAGUAUGGAUUUAACCAAGGUGAACAGGGUCUAUCUUUUAUUGGAAUUGGAGUUGGAAUUCUUUUAGCGACUUCUUUUACGCCUCUAGUUUAUUACUAUUAUUCCAGAAUAUUCAAAAGAGAAAAUGGUAAUGUUGCCCCAGAGCACCGGCUGUAUCCACUUUUUGUUGGAUGUUUUCUUUUGCCUAUCAGCUUGUUUUGGUUAGCUUGGACAUGUUAUCCCAACAAAAUACAUUGGAUAGUUCCAAUAAUUUCUAGUAUCCUUUUUGGUGCUUCAUUGCUUCUUAUUUUCUCUGUCGUCUUUACUUAUUUCAUUGAUACUUAUCAAUCUUUGGCGCCGAGUGCGCUUGCAGCUGCAACACUUGUGCGAUACUCAACCAGUGGAGGAAUGACUAUGGUUGCACGGCCCAUGUACCAUAAUUUGGGAAACCAUUACGCUACUACUGUACUCGCCUGUAUAUCAUCUGCUAUGAUUCCCAUUCCUUUUGUUUUUUAUAGAUAUGGAAAGGCUAUCCGGUCCUAUAGUAAAUACGCUUACAAGGACUAAACAUAGGAGUGAUCAUCUAUAAUGAAGGGAAUAGAAAAAUUGCUUAUCUGUAUUUUAUUGCAACUUUGUUGCUCGCACUCGGCAUAUUCUGAAAAUAAUUUUGGCAUAGCAACGUUUUACAGGCAAUGUAACGCUAUGUUUUCUUGGAAUUAAUUGAGAAGCGAAUAAUCAUAUCUGUCAUGGUAAUUUUGAACGUCCUUGUCAACCCUUGCUACUAGACUCCCUACAUAAUGGAAAGGGAAUGCUACUAAUGAAUUAACCAGGAGAUUAAUUUUUUGGAAGAUGCAAGUUAACUGGGAUUCAUUGGAAUAAUCAUUCUGCUAGCAGUCAGUUGUUUGAUUUCUUCACGUCGUGAUUUAUCUUCGAUAGAAGCGAAAACCAAAUUCUAUUUUUCCAAUAACAAUAAUAAUAAUAAUUGCAUGCCGGAUGUUUGCAAAGUUAAGGAAUUUAAAAUGUGAUGUUUAUCAGUUCUUGUUUAUUUUAUUGUCGGAUUUUUUCAUUGUUUUGAAAUUAGCAGUCCUUAUGUUAUGGCAUACAGUCCAUAGGAGGCUAAUAAACAAAAACUAGUUAUAAACAUGGUCCGUAAAAAGACUCUACUAUUUAUUAUCUUAUAUCACCUCCCUUGAAAAAGGAAACUAAUAAAAUAUUAUUUUAAAUACAUCUACGGUAGUGAAGUGUCUAUUAAUAAAUGAAUAGUA